AUGUACGUGAGCUACCUCCUGGACAAGGACGUGAGCAUGUACCCCAGCUCCGUGCGCCACUCGGGCAGCCUCAAUCUGGCGCCGCAGAACUUCGUCAGCCCCCCGCAGUACCCGGACUACGGCGGCUACCACGUGGCGGCAGCGGCCGCGGCCGCGGCGAACUUGGACAGCGCGCAGUCCCCGGGGCCGUCCUGGCCGGCCGCGUACGGCGCCCCGCUCCGCGAGGACUGGAACGGCUAUGCGCCCGGGGGUGCCGCGGCCGCCGCCAACGCCGUCGCGCACGGCCUCAACGGGGGCUCGCCGGCCGCCGCCAUGGGCUACAGCAGCCCCGCCGACUACCACCCGCAUCACCACCCGCACCACCACCCGCACCACCCGGCCGCCGCGCCUUCCUGCGCCUCCGGGUUGCUGCAGACGCUCAACCCUGGCCCGCCCGGGCCCCCAGCUACCGCUGCCGCCGAGCAGCUGUCCCCCGGCGGGCAGCGGCGGAACCUGUGCGAGUGGAUGCGGAAGCCGGCGCAGCCGUCCCUUGGAAGCCAAGUGAAAACCAGGACGAAAGACAAAUACCGUGUGGUGUACACAGACCACCAGCGGCUGGAGCUGGAGAAGGAGUUUCACUACAGCCGCUACAUCACCAUCCGCAGGAAAGCUGAGCUGGCCGCCACGCUGGGGCUCUCUGAGAGACAGGUGAAAAUCUGGUUUCAGAACCGCAGAGCCAAGGAAAGGAAAAUCAACAAGAAGAAGUUGCAGCAACAGCAGCAGCAGCAGCAGCAGCAGCCGCCGCCGCCGCCCCCACAGCAGCCGCCCCCGCCUCAGCCAGGUCCCCUGCGGAGCGUCCCGGAGUCCCUGAGCCCCGUGUCUUCCCUGCAAGGGUCCGUGCCCGGCUCGGUGCCCGGGGUCCUGGGGCCGGCCGCGGGCGUGUUGAACCCCACUGUCACCCAGUGA